UGUCCUCCGCCACUUACCCUUAAUGAACCUCCUUCCUCUUCUGGUUCCGGGGAUAUUUAUUGCUUUUCUGCUGCGCAAUCACUCUUGCGGUUUUCCACCAGCUUGGAGUACAAAUUUGUACCUGUUUUAUGCUACUGGGCAAGCACAACGGCGAGCAUUGGCUCGCAGAAGAAUCCCUCCAGCCCAAGCCCCUUCCCCACAAACCUCCCCUUCUGUGGCCCACCCCCCAUCUCCGGCACCCUCCCCCUCUCCAGCAACCUCCCCCUCUCCAGCCACCUUCCCCUCUCUGGCCCACUCCCCCUCUCCAGCCCACACCCCCUCUCCGGCACACUCCCCCUCUCCAACCACCUCCCCCUCUCCAGCCCACACCCCCUCUCCGGCCCACUCCCCCUCUCCAGCCCACACCCCCUCUCCGGCCCACUCCCCCUCUCCGGCCCCCUCCUUCUCUCCAGCCACCUCCCCCUCUCCGGCCCACUCCCCCUCUCCGGCCACCUCACCCUCUCCGGCCCCCUCACCCUCUCCGGCCCAAUCCCACUCUCUUUCCCAAUCCCCCUCUUCGGCCCAAUCCCACUCUCUUGCCCAAUCCCCCUCUCCCGACCAAUCACCCUCUCCGGCCCAAUACACCUCUCUUUCACAAUUCCUCUCUCUGCCCCCCUCCCCCUCUGUGUCCCAAAAAUCCUUUCCACCACCCUCACCCUAUCAUUCUCAAACCCCCUCUGUAAGGUCCUCCCCCUUCCAUCCUCUUACAGAAAUAGACCCUCCUUCCCCCAUCCUGCCUCCUUCCCCCAUCCAGCCCACAUCCCCCAUCCAGCCAACAACACCCAUCCAGUCUACAUCCCCCAGCCAGCCACCUUCGCCGCCAUCCGAAUGGGCAGCAGAGGCCCCGGAGCCACUUGAGGGAGGUGGGCAAGUGGCAGAGGAGAAUGUUGCGGUUGGACAUCCCACAAGUUUGGGAGGAAUUCUGGCCAGCAUGCGCCAGCAACUUCUAAAUUUAAUGGCAACAGUUGAUUUGCUGCAAAAAUUUGUUUAAAAAAAACACUUCUAUUAUUUCAAAAAAUGUAAAAAAUAAAUAAAAAAAUGUACAAAUAAACAUUUUUGUUUCAA